ACAGAAUGUACAGUUGCACGCGAGCUCCAUAGAAUUAAGACCAAAAAAUUCGGGAUUCUCAGUUAACCACUCUCUCUCUCUAUUUAUACUCUGCAUUGCGGCUAGGGUUUUAUUUCCCACUCGAGCUACUGAUAGUACUCUCUGCUCUCACUACUUCCCUUUUUUAAUCAUUUUAGAUCUGCUGACUAUUCACUACAGCUAUGGUCACAAUGCUUGAAUAGGGUUUUUACGCGCGAGUUAUCUGAUUGCGAGGGGGUUUGUUGCUGGUGCACCUUUGUGGGGGAGAAAUGGCGACUGCUAAUCCGUUCGAUUUGCUCGGUGAUGAUGAUGCGGAGGAGCCGACGCUGCUGAUUUCAGCUCAGCAGCUGAAGGCCGAGCCGAAGAAAUCAGCGGCUCCUUCGUCUAAAGUGGCGUCUCGGGGAGCUAAGGCCGCUCAGGCUAAGCUCCCCACCAAGCCUCCUCCCCCGAUCCAGGCUGUCAAAGAGGCUAAGUCUGAAUCUGCACGAGGCAGUCGUGGUGGAGGGCGUGGUUUUGGCCGGGGCCGUGGCGGUGGCGAUGGGUCCUACAGGGACUCGAGCUACAAGGAAAAUUCAUAUGGAAACAGGGAAUUUUCUUCUGCUCAAGUUGCACCCGAGGCUGAUGGUGGAAGACCUUAUGAAAGACGUGGUGGAUAUGGUGGACAUCGCGAGCCUUUCCUUGGUGGUCGCAAUAGGCAAUUUGACCGACAUAGUGGCACUGGCCAAGGAAAUGACUUUAAAAGAGAAGGAGCUGGUCGAGGGAACUGGGGAAAAGAGACUGAUGAAUUGUCUCAAGUGGCUGAGGAUGGUUCUGAAGCUGAGAAAAGUCUGAUUUCUGAGAAUCCGUCUGGGAAGGAGAAUGCUGUAGCUGAUGGAGAUCAGGAAGUUGCCAGAAAUGAGGUUGUAGAGGAGAAACCAGAGGAUAAGGAGAUGACACUUGAAGAAUAUGAGAAGGUUCUGGAGGAGAAAAGGAAGGCUCUUCGGGCUCUUAAAACCGAGUCUAGGAAAGUUGAUACGAAAGAGUUUGAGUCAAUGCAACCGCUUUCAAACAAGAAGACAAAUGAUGACAUAUUCAUCAAAUUGGGCUCUGAUAACAAGGAUAAAAAGAAAGAGCUGACGGAGAGGGAAGAAAGAGCCAAAAAGUCUGUGAGCAUUAAUGAGUUCUUGAAGCCUGCUGAGGGUGAAAGGUACAUCAAUGCCAGUGGUCAUGGCCGAGGCCGUGGCCGUGGGUUCAAAGGUGGUUAUGUUGGUGAAACGAGCAAUGCCAGAGGGCUUUCAAUUGAGGAUCCUGGCCAGUUCCCGAGCCUUGGCGGCAAAUGAGACUUGGGGAAUUCAUAAAAAUUGAUUAUUAUGGUGCUUCAAAUGCACAAUCCAACCAUCCAUUAUUAUGGUGCUUCAAAUGCAAAAUUGAUUAUUACGCCCUUGCUGUGCUGUGUUUUUUUGCAUUGUCUUUGGAGUUCUUAGUUUAGGUACACUUUAGUAUAUUUAUUCACUCAGUUCUGUUUUUGAAUAUUAAAGGCAAUUUAUGUUCUGCUGACAUUUUCUUCAGAGCACUUGAAUUGCCAUAGUCCUAACUCAGGAGCCUUCUUCAGAAGUAUCCAAAAGGUUCAAUCAUGAUUGUAUUUUUUUUAGUAAUCAUUUCCAUCAUAUAGAUAUUAUGUUAAAACUACAUACUCUUAAAUGGGGUGUUUGUUUGUAAAUUCUUUCAAUUCAUACUCAAAAUUUAUCUCAA